ACUCAAGAACCGCAAGGAGGCGCCUUUCCGGCGUUGCCCUUGUUUUUUUCCCCUCUCCAACUCGAGGGGUUUUCGAUCCGGGGGGCGGUUCCCGGCGAGAUUUUUGACCCGGCCCGGUGCUUGGUUCCAUUGAUCUCCGUCUGCUACUCCUUCCUCCUACUUGGUUGCCUUGCCUUCCCGGUCCCUGAUCGGAGCCUGUCGCCGGCGGGCGGGCGGGCUGAGUUUACUGCCCGUUACUGGGGGGACAAAGAGCAGAAGGAACAGAGAGUAAAAAAUCUUGGGCCUUGAUCGGAUCCGAGGACGGGGCAAUGCGGUAAUAAGGAGCGGCCAUCACUGCCGGAGUUUGAUCCAUCCAAGGAGAAGAAAGAGGAGGGGAGGCCGCGCUUUCCUUUCUUUCUGAAGCGGAGGCAACUCCCGAGGCGCCCGCCAUGCUGCGCAACAGAUCGAGAAGGGCGGUUGGUGGUGGUGCCAACCAAGCCCAAGGACGAGCGGGCGGCCUCAUGGCCGAGCUCCCCGCGGCCGCCGCCGCCCAGUCGCCGAGGCAUCCUUCGUCGUCCUCCUCCUCCUCUCCCGCUGCUGCUCCCGUGUUCCCUUCCCCGAGGCCGUUCGUGGCGAUGGCGGCGCUGCCCCAGGCCGGGCUCCUGCCGGACGGGUCCUCCGAGGGGCCCCGGUCAGCCGUGAGCCCCACCUCCAUCCUCGAGACCAAGCACUUCUGCUGCUCCCCGCUCCCGCCGUUCCUGUCGGAGCGGAGCCUCCGGAGGGCGGCGCGCGUGGACGCGGCCGCGGCCGCGGAGCCGGCCGGCGUCGGCCUCGCCGACGUGCUCCGGGACCACGGGGACGCCAAGGUCGCCGGGGGCAAGGUGGUGCUAGGGUCCCAGCUCAGAGUCCAGGUCCCGUCCGGCAGGGCCGUCGAGCUGCUCUCCUCCCCGAUCGAGUUCGGCGCCAAGAACAGGGACGCGCAGCUGGCGGCGCUGUCGCCCGCCAGGAGGCUCCUGCCGGAGGUCGUGAGCUCGCCGUCCGCCCGGGUGUUCGCCGCCGGCGGCGUGGCCGUCGUGCCCCCCGGCGAGAUGGCCAUGUCGGAGGACUACACCUGCGUCAUCUCGCGCGGCCCCAACCCGAGGACCACGCACAUCUUCGACGACUGCAUCGUUGAGAGCUGCGGGGAUUUGCUAGCCGACAAGCCCGCGGCCGGCGGCGCAGCAGCUGCUGCCUGUGGCUUCUUCAGCUCUUGCCAUGCAUGCAACAAGCAACUUGGACAUGGCAAUGACAUCUUAAUCUAUCGAGGCCAUAAAGCGUUCUGCAGCAGCGAGUGCCGGUACCAGGAGACGCUUUUGGACGAAGCGGUGGACGGAGAAUUUGCGCUAGGCGAUGGAGGAAAAGGAGGAGGGCGUUGUUAGUGGAGGAGAAGAGAAGCCAUGAGGACGAUCCUGAACAACCAACCACCGGCACCGAGACGAGAUUUCUUUCUUUCUUUCUUUCUUCUUCUUCUUCUUUUCUUUCCUUUUCGUUCUGUCUCCUUUGCGGGAUCUGCGUGCUGUUUUCGGUCGUCGACUCGAUGAGGAGAGUGGUGGUGAUCUUAUUAGUCUUUUGCGGAUUAAAGACCUUUUUUUUUUGGCGCCCGCUUUCGUAAGAGGCUGAAGAUUGGUGACCUGGGCCUGAUCUUGUUCAUGCAACUUAUUUUCCCAGCUGGUUCCGAUGUUAUGAUGCGCUUCGAUGCUUGUCCAUGUGACUCGCUCAUCCAGUGUGGACCCUAGCCUGAAGUAAAUUGAAAGAGGGG